ACUUGUUGUCCUUUGCACUUCUCUCCUCCUGUAUACGUCACACACAGGCCACCGCGCAGAUUAUGGGGGAUUGACAUUGAAGGCAGCGGAUUAGUGGUGCUGUCACAUAGCCCACACGAGCAUCAUAACAAAGGCAAAGUUAAAAGCGCCGUUGCAAGAACAGUCAUGAGUCAGUUUCGGGCAUUGCUGGGUGUCUUGAGGGCGAGCGGGGGAGGUCCUUUGUGGCGAGGCGGUGGCGUAACCCUGACCAGGUGUCGGCCUCACCCCAGGAGAGAGUGCUCCUCUGAGGCGACACCAUCUCAAACGGUCAUCAGUAGCUCCAGCUAUGUUGAGGACAUGUACUUCGCCUGGCUUGAGGAUCAUAAGACUGUCCAUGAGUCGUGGGACACCUUCUUCCGGAACAUCCAUAGCUCCAGUACACCUGGCGAGGAGGCUGAGAGACGACCCUCCGCCCUCCUCCAGGGCCGAGUCGCGCCCCAUUCGCCAGACAUGACACAGAAAGUGGUGGAGGACCACCUGGCUGUGCACACGCUCAUCAGAGCCUACCAGAUCCGCGGUCAUCACGUGGCCCAGUUGGACCCUCUGGGCAUCUUAGUUGCUGACCUGGACUCAUUUGUUCCCUCUGACCUCAUCACCUCAAUUGAUAAAUUAGCUUUCUACGGUCUGCAUGAGUCCGACUUGGACCGGAGCUUCCGCCUGCCUCACACCACCUUCAUCGGCGGAGGAGAGACUACUCUUCCUCUUAGGGAGGUCAUACAACGACUUGAGGCAUCUUACUGCGGUCACGUCGGGGUGGAAUUCAUGUUCAUCAACAACGUGGCGCAAUGCCAGUGGAUCCGUCAGAAGUUCGAGACACCCGGAAUCAUGCGCUUCACCAGUGCCGAGAAGAGAACGCUGCUGGCUCGUCUGAUCAGAUCAACGCGGUUUGAGGACUUCUUGGCCAGGAAAUGGUCAUCAGAAAAACGCUUUGGACUGGAAGGCUGCGAAGUCCUCAUCCCGGCUCUGAAGACCAUCAUUGACAGCUCCAGCGCUGCCGGCAUCGAUAGCGUGAUCAUGGGGAUGCCGCAUCGGGGUCGACUUAACGUCUUGGCCAAUGUGAUCCACAAGGACUUGAACCAGAUCUUCUGUCAGUUCGACCCCAAAUUAGAGGCUGCGGACGAAGGUUCCGGUGAUGUCAAAUACCACCUCGGGAUGUACCACGAGAGAAUAAACCGGGAGACGGACAAGAACAUCACGCUGUCCCUCAUGGCCAACCCCUCCCACUUGGAGGCGGUGGAUCCAGUCGUCCAGGGCAAGGCCAAAGCCGAGCAGUUCUACAGGGGGGACAUGUUUGGCAAAAAGGUGAUGUCCAUCUUGAUGCACGGAGACGCUGCUUUCGCCGGCCAAGGUGUCGUAUAUGAAACGUUCCACCUCAGUGAACUCCCCUCCUAUACCACCUAUGGUACCAUCCAUGUGGUGGUCAACAAUCAGAUCGGCUUCACGACGGACCCCCGGAUGGCCCGCUCCUCCCCUUACCCCACCGACGUGGCUCGAGUGGUCAACGCUCCCAUCUUCCAUGUCAACGCUGACAACCCCGAGGCGGUCAUGUACGUGUGCCGCGUGGCUGCCGAAUGGAGGAACGCCUUCAACAAGGACGUCGUCAUUGACCUGGUGUGUUACAGGCGCUUUGGCCAUAAUGAAAUGGACGAGCCCAUGUUCACCCAGCCGCUGAUGUACAAGCAGAUCCAGCGGCAGGAGCACGUGCUGAAGAAGUACUCCGACAAGCUCAUAAGCGAGGGAGUGGUGACGCUACAGGAAUUUGAGGAAGAAGUGGCCAAAUACGACAAGAUAUGCGAGGACGCCUACAGCAGCGCAAAAGACGAGAAGAUCUCGCAUAUCCGACACUGGCUGGACUCACCCUGGACAAACUUCUUCACAGCAGAAGGAGAACCUAAGAGCAUGACUUGCCCCCCCACUGGACUGGACGAGGAGGUCCUGCAGCAUAUUGGGAAGACCGCCAGCUCCGUGCCUGUGAAGGAUUUUGACAUUCAUCCCGGUUUGUCUCGUAUCCUGCGCAGUCGAGCAGACUUGGUGCGGAACGGUCAGCUGGACUGGGCCUUGGGAGAGUACAUGGCCUUUGGGUCGCUUCUCAAAGAUGGCAUCCACGUGCGACUCAGCGGGCAGGACGUAGAAAGGGGAACGUUCAGUCACCGUCAUCAUGUUCUCCAUGACCAAAAACUGGACAAACGCACCUACGUCCCCAUGAACCACCUGUGGACCGACCAGGCGCCCUACACCGUCUGCAACAGCUCCUUGUCCGAGUACGGCGUGCUCGGGUUCGAGCUGGGCUUCGCCAUGGCCAGUCCCAACGCCUUGGUCCUGUGGGAGGCGCAGUUUGGAGACUUCCACAAUACUGCCCAGUGCAUCAUCGACCAGUUCAUCAGCUCGGGGCAGGCCAAAUGGGUCCGUCAAAACGGCAUUGUCCUGCUCCUCCCACACGGGAUGGAAGGAAUGGGUCCAGAACAUUCCUCAGCACGACCUGAGCGUUUCCUGCAAAUGAGCAAAGAUGACCCGGACCACUUUCCUGAGUUUGGUGGAGAUUUUGAAGUGCAGCAGCUGUACGAUUGCAACUGGAUCGUGGUCAACUGCUCCACGCCUGCUAACUACUGUCAUGUGCUCAGACGGCAGAUUCUGCUGCCGUUCAGGAAGCCGCUGAUUAUAUUCACCCCAAAAUCUCUGCUGAGGCACCCUGAUGCCAGGUCCAGUUUUAAAGACCUUGCCAAAGGGACUAGAUUUAAGAGGCUGAUCCCAGACGAAGGCCCGUCGAGUCACAGUCCAGACCGAGUGAGGAGACUGAUUUUCUGCACUGGUAAAGUUUACUACAAACUGACCAAAGAGAGAAAGCAACAAAACCUGGAGAAGGACGUUGCCAUCAUCAGACUGGAGCAGAUCUCGCCGUUUCCCUUCGACCUGGUCAAAGCGGAGGUGGAGAAACACAAAAGCGCCGAGCUGGUGUGGUGUCAGGAGGAGCACAAGAACACGGGUUACUACAACUACGUCAGGCCUCGCUUACUCACCGUGGUGGCCAACAAGAGGCCCAUCUGGUAUGCCGGGCGGGAACCCGCCGCCGCGCCCGCAACGGGAAACAAAUCGACCCACCUUAACGAGCUGAAAAAGUUCAUGGACACGGCCUUCAACCUGAGCGGCUUCCGGGAGAGGAACGAUUGAAAGCGGACGGGACGGGAGGUUCAGGUGGCCUUUCUCUUAAUUAGGUGCUCGAAAUGGACCUGACAUGCUUCACUGGAGAAAUACAGCCAAUAGAUUCAGUAAGAUUUUUUACGAUUACAAUCUAGGACAUUUUUUUCCCUCUUUGGGGUUUAUAAUCGUUUUGAUUAUAAGUUCCAAGAAAUAACGAGCACAGUAGAUUCGUGGAACUCUGACACAAUCGGUUGCAGGAACUUGUGUUUGGAUUUUCAAAUCAUUCAUUUUCAUCCAUACAAGGACGUUCUGUCAUGGUGUUAGCCUCAUUCUUGUAAUAUUACAUCUGUUGUUUCAUACUGGGUCCAUUUUGAGUUUAUUCUCAUAACAGCCCAGAUCCUUUUCUUGUAA